GGGAAGUGGUCAGAGCUCGUCCUGGAAGUCUCCUGGAUGACGGGAAGUCUCCUCAGUGACCGGGCACUCUCCCCUUUCUUUUCCAAACCUCCUAUAUUCUGGAAGAGUUUCUAAAGAAAAUCGGAUACCAGACUGUUGAGACAAUGGGCCCUGUCUCAGAAUCCAGGACCACCAGUCAGGGAUGGCCCCACCCACAGCGGACUGGACCCUCCCCCACUGAUCACUCACAGAAGAUGCCCUUCAGCCAGAUACCAUGAAGGUGCUUUUCUCAGCCGAGGGUCCCUCCCUUCAGGUAACUUUCAGCUGUGUCAAGUUGACGUAAAACUAUCUGGUACAGACCCAAACAAAUUAGUAUUUCCCCCAGGCUUCCUUUAGCUUCUGCCAAGGUGUCUGGCUUCAAGGACUCUAGGCAGCUUUGGGGUGAGGCCCUCGUUUUAUCUGGCGGGUAGCACCUCGCUGGUGGUCUACACCGUUGCCUACAUCUCUGAGCUAGCCCGGCUCCACUCGGCUGUCAAUGUGCAGGAGGUGAUGGACAUGGGAAGUAAAAAAAGCCGAACCUGUAAAGCCAAACGACAACAAGAGAAGUAAGUCUCCCAGUAGUCUCAAAUGGCGGGGUGGGGCCUUGUGCUAGCCAGAGGGAGAGCUGUCUCCUGGAAAGACAUUCCACAGCCCCAACAACUUGUCAGACCACCUUGCAGGAGAGACUGGAGCCCAGACAGUGAGCGGUCAGUGAUGGGAGGGGCCGCACUUUGACCUGGACUGCUUAUUCAUGAGUAAGUCUUGUCCCCCACUGAAGUUCACGUCAGGACCCCAAGACAGACUCGGUGUCACCGGACUCUGGUCCUUUUUCCUAUUCGCCACAUGGAAUCCAUUGUCUUUCUCUGCUUUUUCCUAUUAUUUGUCUCUUCAGUUGAUCUGCUGAGGAUGAUUGGCUGAGCCUGGCUUGGUAAUACUUCCACAACCCGGACUGUGACCCUAGCGACUCCACCAAUACCAGAGCCCUUCCAGCUGCGGACAGGCAGCCCUCUCAUCCCCCUUUCCUCCCCAAGAACGGCACUGUCCGGAGACCUGGAAUUCUAGCUACCAUCAAUUUGAUUCAAUACCAGGGGAGUGGGGAGCAUUCCUUCCCUCUCCCAGGAUUCCCAGGGUUGCAAACAACAAGCUCAUAGGUCACAGGGCUUUGUGAAGGAAUGUGAGGCUUUGCUCAGCUGCCCCUUGGGAACCAACACCUGAGGUUCAAACGGUGUUCUCUCUUUCCUUGGCAGCCCUGAGGCACUCCCCAUCCAAGCUUACAAUGCUCUCUCGUUUCUGUCAUUCAGGUAAAACUGACCAAGAUUUACUCCACCCAUUUUCCUUGGAAGCCAGCCCCUUUGUAAUCCAUAUAAAUUCCGCACCACAGGGACUGAGUGACUGAAGAAACGGGCUUCCAAUUUGCCCUGGAGUUCAAACUCAAAGUUUAGGCUCCUCAGAGCAGCAAAGCCACCAUGAGUCUGCAGAAGUCCCUCAUCUUGCUUCCAUUGCUUGUCCUGCUGCUUGGAUGGCUCCAGCCUUCCCUGGGCAAGGAGUCUGCUGCCAUGAAGUUCGAGCGGCAGCACAUGGACUCGACUGUUGCCACCAGCAGCAGCCCCACCUAUUGCAACCAAAUGAUGAAGCGCCGGAACAUGACACAGGGGUACUGCAAGCCCGUCAACACCUUCGUGCACGAAUCCCUGGCGGACGUCCACGCUGUCUGCUCCCAGGAAAACGUCGCCUGCAAGAACGGGAAAUCCAACUGCUACAAGAGCCACUCGGCCCUGCACAUCACCGACUGCCGCCUGAAGGGCAACGCCAAGUACCCCAACUGCGACUACCAGACCAGCCAGCUGCAGAAACAGAUCAUUGUGGCCUGCGAGGGGAACCCCUUCGUGCCAGUCCACUUUGAUGCUUCCGUGUAGGGCUCCACCUGCGCCAAACCAGAGAGAUGUCCCUGCCUCCCAGCCUCAUCACGUCGAUACCCGCCUCGCGCCAAACCAGAGAGACGUCCCUGCCUCCCAGCCUCGCCUCUCUUUCCUUCUUUCCCAGAGAAGAAAUAAGCCCCGGGAGGGCUUCCGUGUGACAAAACACGCUUUCCUCUCCUGGGCUAGGCUCCUGGUCCGAGCAGAUGAAGCAAGACAGCCCUCGCCAGAAUGUGCCCCUUCCAACCUGAGGUUUCCUUGAUUUCAGAAGCACGAACCCAAUAAAAUUGUGUUCAUUAUAAACGA